AUUGCAACAACAUGUGCAAAGACAAAGUUGAAACGUGAUUAAAGAAAUAACAAUGCUAUGUUACGAUUAUUUAGAGAAAAGUUGCAGAUCAAUAUAGGGUAUUUUCUCACUAGACUGAGAGAUCGAAAAAUGGAGCCUACUUCUUUGUUUAUUGUACGUUCACUCCCAGAUAACGACAGAAUCACUAUGGAAUUUGACUAUUCUCACGAUGGUGGAAAACCUAAGCAAUUCCGUAUGGAUAGAAUAAAAGAAGAAGAAUUGGGCCAGACUUUUGCACGACUCAAAAAUUCCAUAACAUCAAAAUUCAUAAAAAGAAAGAGAAAGAAAAAUGAACCAGAAAUUGUUCAAGAGGAUACCCCACUUAAGUUUACCAUAAAUGGUGUUGAAAUCAAUACAGAAAGCAAAUUACGUGUUGCAGAAGCCUUGAUUCAGGGAUCAGAAGUCUGUAUUAAUGAGCAAAAAUAUCAGGUAUCAGUUAACCCCCCUACAGUGCUAAAGUUAGAGCUUCCCAAGAGCAUGAUGUCUGGGUUCCCAGUUUUUCCAAAGGUGGAUUUACAGUUUGCUAAUGUGUUGGACAGUGAGUUCACAUGGAACAGAGUACAUAAAGAUUUUAACAAUCUUAAUAACUCUCUAAAGAAUUUGAAUCAGAAAUUCCUCUCCAAAGAAAAAUUUUACACACCAACAAAUGACGACAUUGACCACAAAAUUGAAUUGAGCUGUAUCCCAAAGCUUGGGGAUAGAUCAGGGAGUAUGUCCACUAUUGUCAGUAAAGUGGUGGUUGAAGCAGGUCCAGGGGUCUGUCCAUUUGAGAUGAGACACAUGUACACUUCAGAACUGACCGAUAGCACAAGUUUCAGAGUGGUGUCCUAUAAUAUACUAGCAGAUGCAUUUGCAGACACAGACUUUACUAGAAAUGAACUGUAUCCAUACUGCCCCCCUUACGCACAGUCCAUAGAUUACAGAAAACAACUGCUACUGAAAGAGAUUCUGGGAUACAAUGCAGACAUAAUUUGCCUCCAAGAAGUAGAUGAGAAGGUAUUUGACAGAUAUCUAUUGCCAGCCCUUCAGAUAAAUGGCUUCUCUGGAGUGUAUCAGAUGAAAUCUGGGAAAAUCAGAGAGGGAGAGGCUUUGUUUUACAGAAAUUCAAAGUUCAGGGCCACAGAGGAACAUACAAUUGACAUAACACAAAGCUUGGAGGAGGAGGCCUUUAAAGAUAUCAAAGAAAAAUUGGCCAAAUAUGAAGUCUUGUACGAGUUUUAUAAAAAGAGAAAAAAUGUGUUACAGGUACAUGUUCUGGAAUCUGUGUCUGAUCCACGGAAGAAGCUGUGUGUGGCAAACACCCAUCUGUUUUUUCACAGAGACUUUGAUCACAUCCGUAUUGUCCAGGGCGUGGUCAGCAUCAGGCACUUAGAACAAGUGAUGACAAAAUACAGAGAACAGGGAGACGACAUUUCCUUAGUUUUUUGUGGAGAUUUCAAUGCCAGUCCUCAAAGUCCCUUACAUGGAUUUCUGAUCACUAGUCAACUCAAGCCAGAGGAAUACGACUUGCAGAUAAAAGAUUCGGGUGAGAAAGUAACCAACUUUGACUUUUCCCACAGCUUUAAGCUGACUAGUGCCUGUGGUUAUCCGAGGUACACUAAUUAUGUAGGGGCAUUCCAUGGACAGUUGGACUAUGUGUUUGUGGACAGCAAUUUGGAGGUGGUCAGUGUCGUCCCUCCUCCAGACCAUGAACAGGUCACGCAGCAUUUGGCCCUACCCAGCAUAGUUUUUCCUUCUGAUCAUAUAGCACAAAUCUGUGUAAUUAAAUGGAAGUGAGAUUUUAUGUACUGGAUAAAGUAUUUGAAGCUGA